GAGGAGGAAGGAAACACACUGCCAUUCAGCUGAAGAAUAUGGGCCUCUGCAAGGCAAAGCCAGCGUCACCAGUUCAAAAAGGAGAAGAAAGAAAGGUUGGCGUCACGAAAGGAAUAGAAGCAACGCUAGAAAUACCUGGGGCUGUCUCCUUGAAGCGUUAUUCCUUGCUUCCCUCGGAAUGACGAAGGUAAGCACCGGUUCUUGCGCUCCUCCGGCCGCCCUCCGAUAGGUCUGCGUCAUAUAUAAGAGACGGCAACAAUGUCGCCACGCAUGCAUCCCAUUCCUGCACUCGCAACAUAAGACACCAUCUUCGCGGACCCAUUCGAUCCAAGGCGCGGCUGCUGCUAAGCUACUUGCAAUCUUAUUCAGCAAAACUGCCAAGUUGGAGCAGAUACAUACACACAGAGAGGAUGCAGGGAAUCGCCAAGGCGCUGAGCCAGCACGGGAAGCAGCUGAGGCUGGCCGUGCUGCAGCACAUGAACAAGGGGAUCUUCUCCUGGGCCACCCUCAUCUCGCGCAUACAGAGCGAGUCCCCGACCGUGAUCAUCCCUCACAUGGGGCUGGAAAACAUCACCGUCCGGGAAAUCCUCACGGCGAAAGGGGCGGCUCAGUCGGGGGCGGUGUACUGGUGCAGCACCGCCCAUUUGGUGCAUGAUGCCGUCAAGCACAUGACGGCCAAUAAUGUCGGAGCUCUAGUCGUGCUCAAGUCAGGGGACGACAAGCAGCUUGCAGGGAUUGUUACCGAAAGAGAUUUCGCUAGGAAGGUCCUCUUACCCGGGCGGCCCUCGGAGGAAACAAGAGUCGAAGAUAUCAUGACAGAAGAGAACAAGCUAGUCACCGUGUCCAGCAAUACCAAUAUUCUGCGUGCAAUGGAGCUAAUGACAGACGAGCGUAUUCGACACGUACCGGUUUUUGAUGAGAAGGUUGUUGGUAUGAUCUCCGUUGGUGAUGUGGUCAGAGCAAUCGUGGACCAACAGCACCAGGAAGUGAAACAACUGAAGAAGUACAUCACAGGGGAUUAUUAUUAGCAUGUAGCUCUGGUUCAUGAAGGAAUGUACAGUCUAUGCAAUUAUACAUGAAAUUAACCGAGAUUUAUAUCUUCCCCAUGUUGCCAUUUAGAAUGACUAACUGUCUUUAAACUUGCACUUCAACGAGCUAUUUCACCCCACGGUUUCAUCUAUGGAAAAGAAGUCACAACUGUCAAAAAAAGAAGUGAAAACAAGUCAACGACUUUGUUUGCGAUUUUGUAUAUCGGUGAUGAAGGAAACCCUCAGGAGAACUCUUUGUUUUCAGAGGGAAAUACAUACAUAGUAGCUGAGAUCAAACUUAUGGUACAAGAAAAAACAAGUCGAUGAUUUGUUGGCAAUUUUGUAUAUCAGUGAUGAAAGAACCCUCAGUAAAAUUCUUCGUUUUCAAAGGGAAAUACAUACAUAGUAGCUCAGAUAAAACUUAUGGUACAAUAAAACAGGGU